AAACUUAUUCUGCUACUGUUGUCUACACGAGCAGUAACAGUGAGGUUUGCGUUUAAUUUUGUUAAAUAAUACAUUUAAAGCAACACAUUUGCAACCAUGGCUUGGGUGUUGAUGUUAUUGUCUGUGAUUUUUAUCAGCGUUUAUGUGACGGAACAGGCAUACUUUUUACAAGAAGAUUUCAUUAACAACAUCAAUGAACAAGCUACUACAUGGAAGGCUGGUGUGAAUUUCGACCCAAAUACUCCACAUGAUCACCUCAUAAGACUUCUGGGAUCAAAAGGAGUGCAAAUUCCAGACAAAGUUAAUUCUAAGCUGUACAAGACUCACGAUGAAGCUUACGACAACUUUUUUGGCAGGAUUCCUAAGCACUUCGAUGCUAGGAGAAAAUGGAGACAUUGUGACACAAUUGGAAAAGUGCUUGACCAAGGAAAUUGUGGAUCGGAUUGGGGUGUGGCCACAAGCUCUGCUUUUGCUGACCGUUUGUGUAUAGCUACAAAUGGAGAUUUCAACGAAUUUUUAUCCGCAGAAGAAAUCACUUUCUGCUGUCAUACUUGUGGUUUUGGAUGUCACGGUGGUUAUCCGAUUAAUGCUUGGAAACGUUUUAGUAUACACGGUCUAGUAACUGGAGGAGAGUACAACUCAGGAGAGGGUUGUCAACCAUACAAAUUCCCACCUACCAAUGACGACGAAGGAAAUAGUACAUCUUCAAAGCAACCAUCGGUAUGGGAUCUCAGAUGCACUAGAAGCUGUUACGGAAAUCAGUCAAUCGAUUUCUAUGACGAUCACAGAUACACACGUGACUACUACUAUUUAACUUAUGGUAGCAUCCAAAAGGACGUUAUGGCUUACGGACCAAUUGAAGCAUCGUUCGAUGUAUACGACGAUUUCUUUGUUUAUAAGUCAGGUGUUUACGUUCGAUCAGAAAAUGCGACAUAUGUAGGAGGUCAUGCCGUUAAAUUGAUCGGUUGGGGCGAAGAAAACGGAACCCCGUAUUGGUUGAUGGUCAACUCAUGGAACGAAGAUUGGGGCGACAAUGGUCUUUUCAAAAUUCAACGAGGCACAAACGAAUGUGGUGUCGAUAAUUCAACAACUGCUGGUGUUCCAGUAACCAACUAAUUGUUGAUAUUUCAAUAAGAACACUGUUCAAUUUUUAUCACUUAUGUUUAAAUAAAAUUCAUUUUAUUGGGGAA